AAUCGAUCUCACCCUCAUCAUCACUUCGUCUCCAUGACAUGAACCGCGGUUCUCAUCCGAUAUGCUUAACCAUGGUAACGAAAGGACUUGAUCCCUGCUCUUACUUAGCCGAGGAUGGAAAGAUUGCUUCCUCUUAAGACAUUAAGGCUCGGGUCGCGCGUCAUCAUUUGCGGGUUCCCGGAUCUCAUAGUGGGGGACUUUGCCGAUUGAAAGAUGCUUCAGUGACCGGUUGAUUGAGUAGAUAUGGCGCCUCCACCGGCUACUCCGACUCCUCAUCGCUUCUUGGUGCCGAAGAGGUCGCAACCUAGAAAUGAGACGCCUAAGGCAUUCCAAAGUGGUGCGCAGCAGUUCCAAGCAACCCCACGGUUUUCGCAUCAUUCAACACCUAGGGGGACUGCCGGAACGGCAUCAUCUCACCACCCGCCUUCUAGCUUUGUUACCCCCGCUCCAACGAGAACCGGGGCUGGGCCUUUCUAUCGUCCUACACCGCGGAACACAGAUCCGAUCCACGAUAUCGUUGACAGCUCUCCACCUCUCACUGAGGAACAAACUGGCGAUGAUAAUAACCGGCAUGAUGCUAUUGAAUUUUAUGAUAUAGACUCAAAUGUAGACGCCGUCCCGGAGUCUUCGCCAGUACGACAAGGGAGCAGUGACCAUGACGACAAUAACAGUGAAGAAGAUUUAAAACAUCCGUCUCCAAAACGUAGACGUAUUUCUAUUUCUUCUGACUUCGGUAUCCACGAUCCGGAUCUUUCACAGCUUAAAAAUGAGGGUGAAGAGGAAGAUCUCGUUAUGCACGACGAGGCUAUUCUAUCUUCCUUACCAGACUACGAACCUCUUCAAUAUGACGAAGAAGCAGAUACCGCCGCUUCAACCUCACCUGUCCUUAUUAGGCCCCCGGUUUCUGCCCCAAACCAUCAACCUACCUUCCAGAAAGCGCCGCGCUUUAAACCUACCGAAGUUCCCGAGGGUUCAUAUCGCGGCGACCCGCUACCAGAUGCCUUUUCUCCCCAUCGCAAGGGCGCGAAAUACGUGCCAGGCGGUCUCGCUGCUGAAGUCCGCGACUGGUUCGUUGAUGUGUGGGCUAGUGCCGGCGCCGGAGCAGUAAAACGUGACACGGGGGAGUGGAUGGCGCGGAUUGUAGCUGAUGAAGUGCGCGGUGCGCCUGGUAUGACGCUUAUCGUCGGACGACACAUUUCGCACGAGGAUAUUAUGAUGCAGAGUACAAGAGUUAUACUCGCCGGGAGUCCGAAGAUAACCGGACUAGAGAAGAGGAAGGAAGUACACCCCGGUGCGGUGGUAGGUGUCGGGAAACCGACUUGGGAGGUUGAUAUCCCGGGGCAGGGACGUUGGGGUGUUGUGUGUGAGUGGACUGUUCUGAGCUGAAUAUGCUUGAGUAUGUGGUCUGCGGCAUUCAUUAAAUUGAGGUGAUCGAGAUAAUCUAUUAUAUGGAACAAGGAUCCAGGGAGCGUAAAAAAUGUCCAAUUCUUUGAUGAAGUUAUUCUGUUCGGGGUACUAUCAAACCAUCGAAACCUUAAAGCUCCCUCUAUUGUUUUAAGCUCGGGCAUCUUAUGAAGUCAGUAUAUUUCAGUGUUAAUGUUAACCCAAAGCUAUUCAGGUUUAUCCUUGCCACAGGUCCUACAUAAAUACUUUCCCCCGCCCUCUCUAGACUCUACAUGUAGACGAAGAACCGACGGAAUCACUAAACUUCGCUAAGAAUCAAAUAUUUUUAAAAGACCAUCAUGGCGACGAUGGACCAUAAUCCGCAACAAGACCCCAAUUCACGAAUUCAAUAGGUCGGCGUGUAUCCCAUGCCCAUUCACCCCAUCCAAGCCACCCUACUUGACUUCUGGUAAAAUCUAUUCAAAUAGUCGAUGCUUGCUUGUCAUCUAAUAGUGAUAUAGGUUCUGGGGGCCGACACAUCUA